GGCCGAGCCGGGGGGCGGCCCGUGCGCGGAGCCCCCGCCGCCGCCCCCGCGCUGCUCGCUGUUGGAGCUGCCUCCCGAGCUGCUGGUGGAGAUCUUCGCCUCGCUGCCCGGCACCGACCUGCCCAGCCUGGCCCAGGUCUGCACCAAGUUUCGGCGCAUCCUGCACACGGAUACCAUCUGGAGGAGGCGCUGCCGUGAGGAGUAUGGCGUUUGCGAGAACUUGCGGAAGCUGGAGAUCACGGGCGUGUCUUGUCGAGACGUCUAUGCAAAGCUGCUGCACCGGUACAGGCACAUCCUGGGGCUGUGGCAGCCGGACAUCGGGCCGUACGGAGGACUGCUGAACGUGGUGGUGGACGGCCUGUUCAUCAUCGGCUGGAUGUACCUGCCGCCCCAUGACCCUCACGUGGACGACCCAAUGAGAUUCAAGCCUCUGUUCAGAAUCCACCUGAUGGAGAGGAAGGCCGCCACGGUGGAGUGCAUGUACGGCCACAGAGGGCCUCACAACGGCCAUGUCCAGAUUGUGAAAAAGGACGAGUUCUCCACCAAGUGCAACCAGACGGACCACCACAGGAUGUCUGGAGGACGGCAGGAGGAAUUCCGAACGUGGCUGAGGGAAGAGUGGGGACGCACGCUCGAGGACAUCUUCCAUGAGCACAUGCAGGAGCUCAUCCUUAUGAAGUUCAUCUACACCAGUCAGUACGACAACUGCCUGACCUACCGCCGGAUCUACCUCCCACCCAGCCACCCAGAGGACCUGAUCAAGCCUGGCCUCUUCAAAGGCACCUACGGCAGCCACGGCCUGGAGAUCGUGAUGCUCAGCUUCCACGGCAGACAUGCCAGGGGCACGAAGAUCACGGGUGACCCCAACAUCCCCGCAGGGCAGCAGACGGUGGAGGUCGACCUGAGGCACCGCAUCCACCUGCCUGAUGUGGAGAAUCUCCGCAACUUCAACGAGCUUUCUAGGGUUGUGCUGGAGGUCCGCGAGCGGGUGCGCCUGGAGCAGCAGCGGCAGGAGGGCAGCCAGGAGGGCCAUGAGGGGGGUGAGGGCCACAGCCACCAGAGCCCCUGGGAGCCGCAGCCCGACCCUGCCUCACCCAGCAUGGAGCCGUCGGCCAGAGAGCCUGAGGAAGCUGCCAAGGAAGGUGGGGAUGGAGGGGCCGCGGCCCAGCAGGAUGUCCAGUCUGGGCAGGGGCAGCCGUUCGUGUUGCCCGUGGGCGUGAGCUCGAGGAACGAGGACUACCCUCGCACCUGCAGGAUGUGUUUUUAUGGCACGGGCCUCAUCGCGGGCCAUGGGUUCACCAGUCCUGAGCGCACCCCUGGGGUCUUCAUCCUAUUUGACGAGGAUCGCUUCGGGUUCGUGUGGCUGGAGCUGAAGUCCUUUAGCCUGUACAGCCGGGUCCAGGCCACCUUCCGCAACGCAGAUGCGCCAUCCCCGCAGGCCUUUGAUGAGAUGCUCAAGAACAUUCAGUCCCUCACCUCCUGACCGGCCACGUCUCGGCUGAAGGCAGUUCCAGGGCCUUGGACUUCGUGACUUGUGAAUAGAAGCAGCAUGCACUUUCUUAAUUUUUUGUUUUAAGUUUCUUUCUUCCAUGAGUUAGAGACAGACAGGCAGUACCUAUAACAGGUCCCCACCACCAUGAUCUGUCCUUAGCCCCAGCUAGCCCACCUGGGUCACGAGCACAUAUUUGCUCAGUUUACCCAGGGAGAUGUCUGGACUCGAACCUUGAACCUUCCCACGAGGGUCAGCUUCGCAGAGAUCAUGUCUUACUGCUGUGCCACUGUCCGGCCCUGAUGCAGCACAUACCUUGGAAAUGUGGCCUUUUUACUAGGACACACACCUUGUUGGGGUCCCAGCCCAGCCACCUCCAGACACUUCAUAGUGUGACACAUGCCACCUCUGAGUGGCUGUGGCAGGGAGCCAAGCAUGUCUUACAGAAAGGACAAGAAUGUACCAGAAUAAAACUGAUUCUGAGGAACUGUUGGAAACUGAACUGGAGAAAUGUGAGUCUCCUGCUUCCCAGCCACUUUCUAGGGAAAGCAUGACCCUCCAUCAGGGAGGUCAGAGCCCGCUCCCAUGAGCAGGUAAAGUGGGUUGUGUGUGAGAUGCCCU